GGCGCUCGCCUGCUGCUGAGUACACAAUCCAACAUGGAGUAACGAGAGAAGGGGCUCCUCACCGAGAUCAGCGCGCAGUCUUCAGCCACGGCGAGCGACGCGAGGAGAAAAAGCAUCGAUGCAACCACUGGCAUGAUGCAUAAAGGCUGGAUUUCAGGCUCUUUAACAAGAUGCAUUGCAACUAGUGAGGAAUAAAAUGCACUGCGCGGAGAAAGAACGAAAAUAAGGCUACGCUGAAACGGAUUUGGGGUGAAACCCGUCGCUGCGCUGGACUUUUAAAAAAAAAAAGAGGCGAGGUGGAAAACCGAGACGACAUGAAGCCUGAACGCCGCGCGCCCGCUGUGGGAUAUUAUUACUACUGUAGGUGAAACGAGGGGGAAAAUGACUGAGGAAUCGCACCCAGACGAUGACAGUUAUAUAGUGCGAGUGAAAGCAGUGGUUAUGACGCGGGAUGAGUCUAGCGGGGGCUGGCUGGCUCAGGAGGGCGGUGGUCUCAGUCGAGUGGGCGUCUGUAAGGUGGUCCCGGCUGAUCUGGAGCUUCUGGGACGGAACGGCUUCCUCAUCUAUGGAGAGAGACUCAAAGAUAAGCAGGUGAUCCUGCAGUGCUUUCUGAAGAAGGAUCUGGUGUACACUAAAGCCACGCCCACUUUCCAUCAUUGGAGAGUUGACAACAGGAAGUGUGGACUGUCGUUCCAGAGUCCUGCAGACGCGCGAGCGUUUGAUCGCGGUGUGAGGAAGGCAGUCGAGGACCUCACAGAGGGCUCCACUACUUCUUCGUCUACGCUGCAGAAUGAGGCCGAGCUUGGUGAUGACGACGUUUUCACUAAUGCCACCGACAGCUCGUCCAACUCUUCUCAGAAGAGAGAACCAUCAAUGCAGACGCUUGCACCAAUCAGCUUCUCCGAGCCCCAUCAUUGCAUUCUGGGACAUUUAUAUGACCAUCACAGACACUCUGACCGUUACUAUCUGGACCAGACGGUGCCCAUAUUCCCGUGUCCACGUCAUGUGCGAUUCCAUGAGGAGGAGGAGGAGAUCGUGCGGAUUAACCCACGUGAGCGCUCUUGGCUAACGGGCUAUGAGGACUACCGCCAUGCUACCACGACGACACGUGGCAAACCUCUGCGACCCGACUCCACGGACGCUUACGUUCACCUCGCUAAGAGCGAACCAGCAAAACACGACUACACUUACACUUACCCACUCAGUGGGGAUGGACACACAACCCGCGACGGCAAAACGGGCAUCGGCGGUGGCGUAGUCACUGGGCAGCCACGGGCGCUAACGACAAAAUGGCUGCCACGCCGUGUGGAGGACAGCAGAGAGCGCUUGCGGUGCGUUUACUGCCAGAACAUGUUCAGUCCCAUUGAAAACAGGCGCGGUCGCUGUCAGGAAGCUCCAGACCCCGUGCAAACAUGCAUUCGGCGGGUUAGCUUCAUGUGGUGCGCGGACAGCUUGCUCUACCAUUGUAUGUCUGACCCUGAGGGCGACUACUCGGACCCGUGCUCCUGCGACGCCAGCGAAGAGCGGUUCUGCCUGCGCUGGCUAGCACUCCUGGGACUGUCGCUGCUAGCACCCUGCAUGUGCUGUUACGCGCCGCUGCGAGCGUGCUACCACUGUGGCGUCGCGUGCCACUGCUGCGGCGGCAAGCACAAAGCCGUGGGGUGAACGGCAGGACACAAACAUACCAGCAGCUGGGAAAAAUGUGCAAAAUUCAAAUCAGACGCAGCAAAUUAACUUGUGACUGCGUUUGUUUUUUUGCGCUAUCUUUGUCCCCUUCCCGCUGAAUUUCAGAGGGUUGGUCCAUUUAUAUAUUUUUUUUCUCAAUUUAAUUGUGCUGGACAGCUGUCCUGGUUUUUGUUAAAUUCAGUUUUUACUUUAUUUGUUUUUAAAAGAGUAACCCUCAGCUUCCAUUUAAAAGACUACACGAUAAAUAUUCAUUUAUAUAUGAAAAGUAUAUAUAAAUAUAUGUAGAUAUAAAUAUAUAAAUCCAGGUACUUUAUAUUUUUAUGCUUAUGUGCUUUGAAGGUUUGAGUUAUCUUCCCUUUCAUCUUGUCUGUGCUUUUGUUUGUCUUAUAUUAUUUUCGUUUUCCUGUCCAACAUCGUUAUGUCUCUCCAAUCAGAGGCGUCUCUUCUACUGUGAUCCUGUCCCUCUAGACAAGACAAACCCAGAGGAAUCCAAAAUAACUGACCUGUAGGGUGGUAUAUCGUGUGUGUGUUUGUGCGUGUGUGUGAGUCAGUGAGUGAGUGAUAUUAUUAUUAUUUUUUUUUUUUUGGCCCUAUUUGCUAAUAUUAAUUUUAUGUGUGGAAGAUGGCAAACAAAUUACUGCCCAAAUGUAAAGGUUUUUUUUUCCCGUAAGGAUAAUGAUGCGUAUUUUUUGCAUUGUGACAUUAUUUUCAUGACAAUUAAGCACAUUUCCCCCUAAAAUUCUCAUUAUUGUAAUGUGUCUUGAUGAAGAUUUUUUUAUUUGUAGUUUGACAAUAAUUGUAAAAUGUAUAAAAAAAAUAAUGAUUUAAAAAAGCCUAGCUUUUAAGCAGUACAAAAAUAGUACCAUGAUGUAUUAAUAAUAAAUAAAUAAAAAAGCAAUAUUAUUUUUUCACGUUAUAGUAGUUAGAAUGAGUUUUUGGUGAUAUGGUAAUAAGAAUUAGGGGGGCAAUUUGCAUAAUUUGAUUAUAAUGUGAAAUAUUGGUUAUAAAAAUUUGUAAUUUUUUUAUUUAAGUAAAAUACUUAAAAUAUGACCUGGACAUGUUCUUGACAGGUUUUGAGAGAUUCACCCAUGUGUUAUGUAGAAUGAAUGUGUCUCUUAUCGAUAUUUUGAAACGAAAACCAGCCUCAAAAUUGAUGUACUCUUCCUACAGGAUGAUAAAAAAAGAUGUCUUUUUCUCUGCCUUUGUCUUAAGCACAACACAAACUUGUAAAACUAACAAACAUCCAUCUGAACACUGUGCAAGUUGUUGUGAAGUUCUUGAAAUAUUUCCAGUUGUUGGCCUAUCAGUAUCAUCCUUCAAGAAAUCAUCGAGCCAAUCGGUGGACUUUGACAGCAUUGUCAUGAAGACUGUGAUCCUGUUUGUCAGCUGAUGUUUUAUGUCCUCUUUCUCUCUCUCUCUCUCUCUCUGUCUAUAUCCUUUCCCUCUCUUCCUGUGAAAAGCUUUUGCAGUAGUACUAUCUAUCUGAUGUGUGAAAAAAGAGGAGCAGUUUUAUUUUUGUAUCAAUGUGCAGGAGAGAGAGUUGUCUGUCUGUCUGAUGCUCCUGAACACAUUCUGAGAUUAAAGGAAAGUGCCUGAA